ACUGUAUGAGGUUAAAAAAUUUUUGAAGACAUUUGAUAUGGGGUACGAGAAGAUUCAUGCAUGUGUGAACGACUGCUGCCUGUUCAGAAAGAGGUUUAAGAAGCUUGAGCACUGUCCGAAAUGUAAGGCUUCAAGAUGGAAGACCAAUGUCCACACUGGUGAAAAGAAGAAAGGAGUCCCACAGAAAGUGUUGCGGUAUUUUCCAAUAAUCCCGAGAUUGAAGAGAAUGUACCGGUCAGAGGAAAUGGCUAAGGAUCUCAGAUGGCACUUCAGCAACAAAAGCACUGAUGGGAAGCUUCGACACCCAGUUGAUUCAGUCACAUGGGACCAGAUGAAUGCCAAAUACCCUACAUUUGCCGCAGAAGAGAGGAACAUACGGCUUGGACUUUCAACAGACGGAUUUAAUCCAUUCAAUAUGAAGAACACGAUGUACAGUUGCUGGCCAGUUCUCUUAGUCAACUACAACUUGCCACCUGAUCUUUGCAUGAAGAAGGAGAACAUCAUGCUUUCACUGUUGAUUCCCGGUCCACAACAGCCUGGUAAUAGUUUAGAUGUGUACUUAGAACCUCUCAUUGAGGAUCUAAACCAUCUGUGGAGCAUUGGAGAGUUAGUUUAUGAUGCUGUGACUCGGUCAACAUUUACUUUGAGGGCGAUGCUGCUUUGGACGAUCAGUGAUUUCCCGGCUUAUGGGAAUCUAGCAGGCUGCAAAGUAAAGGGAAGAAUGGGGUGUCCUUUAUGUGGGAAGAAUACUGAUAGUAUGUGGCUCAAGUUCAGCAGAAAACAUGUGUACAUGUGCCACAGAAAGGGUUUGCCACCAGCCCAUAGAUUUCGGGGAAAGAAGAGAUGGUUCGAUGGAAAAGCUGAACAAGGGAGAAAGGGGAGAAUUUUAACUGGGCGUGAGAUUUCUCAAAACCUGAGACAUUUCAAAAAUGAGUUUGGCAAUGUCAAACGUUCUACAAGUAAGAGGAAAAGGGUGAUCAGUACAGAUAGAGGAUCUGAUAGUGAGGGUUUAUCCAGUGAAUCAGAGGAAGAGGAUGAGGAAGAUGAAGAAGUCAACGUAGAUGAGGAUGAGUUAUCUAGAUGGAAGAAGAGAUCAAUUUUUUUCAAGCUACCUUACUGGGCGGAACUCCCGGUGAGGCACAACUUAGAUGUAAUGCAUGUUGAGAGGAAUGUGGCUGCUAGUAUUGUGUCGACAUUGUUGCACUGUGGGAAAUCAAAGGAUGGUCUUCCUGCUCGUAAAGAUCUGGAGGAUCUUGGUAUUAGGCAGGAUUUGCACCCUAAAAUCCAAGGAAAGAGAACAUACCUUCCUCCUGCGCCGUGGUCUUUGUCCAAGUCAGAGAAGAAGGUAUUUUGCAGGCGCUUAUUUGAUUUCAAAGGGCCAGAUGGUUAUUGUUCAAACAUAGCUAGAGGUGUUUCACUAGAUGACUGUAAAGUCACAGGGCUGAAGUCACAUGACUAUCAUGUCUUAAUGCAGCAACUUCUUCCUAUCGCUCUUAAAGGGUUGCUGCCUAAAGGACCUAGGCUAGCAAUUACAAGGCUAUGUUCAUUCUUCAAUCUGUUGUGUCAGAGAGUGAUCGACAGAGAGCAGCUUUUGGUUAUGGAAGCGGAGAUUGUAGAGACUCUUUGCUUGUUCGAAAGAUUUUUCCCUCCAAGUUUCUUUGAUAUCAUGGUCCAUUUGACUGUGCAUCUAGGAAGGGAAGCCCGUCUUGGUGGACCAGUCCAUUUCAGAUGGAUGUACCCAUUCGAGAGGUAUAUGAAAGUACUUAAAGACUUCGUCAGGAAUACUGCCAGACCAGAAGGGUGCAUCGCUGAGUCUUAUCUAGCUGAGGAAUGUAUGAGAUUUUGCAGUGAAUUUUUGAAGAAGACAACAAAUGUAGAAGACAAAGUUGAUAGAAACAUGGAGUAUGAGAACAGCACUAUCUUAGAGGGGCGUCCAAUAUCCACUGGAACCUCAAUUACCCUCAGUGAAAUGGAGAAGAAAAUAGCACAUCUUGCUAUUAUCCAGAACCUGUCUAUCGUCGAACCUUAUGUAGAUGAGCAUCUCCAGUUCUUACAAGACACUGAUGACAAGUGUCGGCGAGAUGCAUCUUUCUUAUGGAGUAUGCAUACUAAGAAUUUUGCAAAUUGGCUAAAAAAACAGGUACCUCUUGAUUCCAAAGAACAUGAAGAAACUCUCAAGUGGUUAGCUUAUGGUCCACGUUGUUCUGCAAGGUCAUAUACUGGCUUUAUAGUUAAUGGGCAGAGGUUUCGCACAUCGUCAGUUGAUAGGAAAAGUCAGAAUUCAGGAGUUUACUAUGAGGCUACCGCAGUUUGUAGAUCGAGUGCUAAAGAUACGUCACAAGUGGUUGAUGUGGUAUCUUACUAUGGCAGAGUAACAGACAUUAUUCUCAUGGAUUAUAAUGUCUUCUAUGUUCCUCUGUUUCGAUGUCAGUGGGCAGUAAAGGGUAAUGGAGUGAAGAUUGAAGAUGGUUUUACACUUGUAAACAUGCAGCACAGUCAAGCCUCCUUUUCUAGUGACCCAUACAUACUAGCAUCGCAAGCAAAGCAAGUCUUCUACUCUAGGGAAAAUGAGACCUCCAACUGGUAUAUUGUCAUGAGAGGUCCUUCAAGAAGAUACAGUAAGGAAGAUGUCCACGAGGGAACUGGAGAGAUUGGGCCGUUGCCUACAAAUUUAGACAUGGAAGUUGACACUGAUGACGCCGACAAUGCCAGAACUGAUUGUGAAGGAAUUUAUGUAACUUGAGAUGGGACCUAAAAAGGUGAAAAGAGGAAAGAAAAAAGUCAAGAAAGUAAUACAUCAAGAUGAGGAAGUUGAGUUCGUGUGUACUGUACAAGCUGGAGCUGAUUUACGAGACACAGAGCAUGUACAAGACCCUAAAGAAACUGUACAAGACCAAGACCCUGAAGAAACCCUACAAGAACAAGUACCAGAAGAGGCUGAAGGUGUACCAGAACAAGCACUUCCAACUGAUGUGCC